AUGAAUAUGACACCGAGUGACUACUCGCGCCUUCAACAGAUGCUACACGGCAGCUUUUUCUACCUCGGACAUGAAGGUCCUUUCCCCGAUGGUUGCGGUUGGAAUUUUUGGAGGCUGGACUCCGGUGUAUUCCGCAACGACUGGAUUGCCGCUAUCACGAAGUUGAAAGAAAUCCAGACCGCUGGAGCAAACAACACAUGGAAAGUCAGAUAUCUAUUCGUCCACGAGAACGUACCUCCAUUGGAUUCCCUGGAUUUGGACGAUGGUGAAGCACCGGAUGAUGUACUAUAUUCGUCAAUUCCAAAGAAUAAGAGGGAAGAUGCUGACUGGACGGACAUAAGGCUAACAAAGGGGCUUGCACCAUUUCCGCUGUUUGGGAUGAACGACGAGCCUAUUCCGCUCCAAAGGGCGCAUAGUGUCAUCGGCGGCGCAACGGUUCGCGUGACAUUCGGCCUUCGUUGCUGGCGUUACAACCCGAAUGAGCCAUUUUCCUUUGCUGCCGAUGUUGUACGUGUGGAUUUGCUGAGUACUCCUCAAGAUAAUGGCAGCCCUCAAAUUGGACUUCUUCUAACACCACCGACGACGCCUCAAAAUAGCCUAAACCGAUCCAAUGUGAUUGUCGGAGAGAGUGGUAACACCCCUUUGUAUUGUAGUCAGCCACUGUUUGCAUUCGAAAACAGUAACGGUACCCCCCAGGGUGACAGCUCUUUGCUUGCCACCGUAUCGUUGAAUGCAUCACCUCAAACCCCAACCGGUUCUGCUUCUCGCUACAACAUUGGCAACUAUACUUCUCCAACACGUAACGACAUGCAUGCACGUGCUUCACCUUACCAGGGAAUGAUACAGCAGCACCUCAAUGGCGACCCGAAACCUCACCGAGUUCUUGGUGCAGCGUUUGAAAAUACCGAUGCCAAUUUUUCUACAGGAAAUAUCGGGAAUCAAACAGGGGGGGCGGUUGAAUGGUAUCAUGCUAAUCCACCACCAAUUGACCCACACUUCAGCAGUGCCAGUCCGGGAAUGAACAGGAGGGGUCAUGGUUAUCGCCCAGAGUACUACACAUACGAGGGUGGAGCCGAUGGGAACACUGGUAAUAGCAUGUACGGGAUGCACGGCGGAGCAUUGCAUGACAAAGUUUACGACCACGACAAGAACUUUACCCUGCAAGAUCCAGCGGGCGUACCUGUUAAGAACACGAUAGUGACAACUCAUGCACUGUCUCUGGUGAGACUGACGGUGGAUGACGUGAUCCUGGUACUGAUGAAAAUACAUUGGACAGCACCACAGUCGACAAUCAAUGUAGUUGUCAAACCAGCAAACUUAAACUUCCACGUAACGAGUGCUUUGAAGCAUGGAAGGGGGGCCAACGACGAUAAUGAUGCCGAUAAGGGACAUAGACUUCUCAAAAAAGGGAAAUCGCGUGCAUUGUGA